GCGUGGUGGGAAGCGUGGCCCGCGGUCGCGCCGGCCGCUCGCCGACGGGCUCGUCCCCCGCCCCGGCUCCCCUGUGUCCCUUCGCCAUGGCGGGGCCUGGCCCGGGCGCGGCGCUCGAGUCCCCGCGGCAGCUGCUGGGCCGCGUGCGCUUCCUGGCGGAGGCAGCACGGAGCCUACGUGCCGGGAGGCCGCUGCCGGCGGCGCUGGCCUUCGUGCCGCGGGAGGUGCUGUACAAGCUCUACAAGGACCCGGCGGGGCCGUCGCGGGUGCUGCUGCCCGUGUGGGAGGCGGAGGGCCUGGGGCUGCGCGUGGGAACCGCGGGGCCGGCCGCGGGGCCUGCCUCCGGGACCCUCCGCACCGCCCGCGAGAGCAUCGAGCUCCGGCGCGGCGCCUGCGUGCGCACCACGGGCGAGGAGCUGUGCAACGGCCACGGGCUCUGGGUGAAGCUGACCAAGGAGCAGCUGGCGGAGCACCUGGGCGACUGCGGACUGGACGCAGGCUGGCUGCUCGUGUGCAGGCCGGCCGAGGGCGGCGCCCGCCUUGUGCCCAUCGACACCCCGGACCACCUCCAGCGGCAGCAGCAGCUCUUUGGCGUGGACUACCGGCCGGUGCUCAGGUGGGAGCAGGUGGUGGACCUGACCUACUCGCACCGCCUGGGGUCCAGGCCCCAGCCGGCCGAGGCAUACACGGAGGCCGUCCAGAGGCUGCUCUACGUGCCCCCGACGUGGACCUAUGAGUGUGACGAGGACCUGAUCCACUUCUUGUAUGACCACCUGGGCAAGGAGGACGAGAACCUGGGGAGUGUGAAGCAGUAUGUGGAGAGCAUAGACGUUUCCUCCUACACGGAGGAGUUCAACGUGUCCUGCCUGACAGACAGCAACGCAGACACCUACUGGGAAAGCGAUGGGUCCCAGUGCCAGCACUGGGUACGGCUGACCAUGAAGAAGGGCACCAUUGUCAAGAAGCUGCUCCUCACGGUGGACACCACAGAUGAUAACUUCAUGCCCAAGCGGGUGGUGGUCUACGGGGGCGAAGGAGACAACCUGAAGAAGCUGAGUGACGUGAGCAUUGACGAGACCUUGAUCGGGGAUGUCUGUGUCCUGGAGGACAUGACCGUCCACCUCCCAAUAAUUGAGAUCCGCAUCGUGGAGUGCCGAGAUGACGGGAUUGAUGUUCGGCUCCGAGGGGUCAAGAUCAAGUCGUCCAGGCAACGGGAACUGGGGCUGAAUGCAGACCUGUUCCAGCCAGCCAGUCUGGUGCGAUAUCCGCGCCUUGAAGGCACUGACCCGGAAGUACUGUACCGCAGAGCUGUCCUCCUGCAGAGGUUCAUCAAGAUCCUCGACAGCGUCCUGCACCACUUGGUACCUGCCUGGGACCACACCCUGGGCACCUUCAGCGAGAUCAAGCAAGUGAAGCAGUUCCUGCUGCUGUCCCGGCAGCGGCCUGGCCUUGUGGCCCAAUGCCUGCGCGACUCAGAGAGCAGCAAGCCCAGCUUCAUGCCGCGCCUCUACAUCAACCGGCGCCUCGCCAUGGAGCACCGGGCUUGCCCCUCUCGGGACCCUGCGUGCAAGAACGCAGUCUUCACCCAGGUGUAUGAAGGCCUCAAGCCCUCCGACAAGUAUGAAAAACCCCUGGACUACAGGUGGCCCAUGCGGUAUGACCAGUGGUGGGAGUGUAAAUUCAUCGCCGAAGGCAUCAUUGACCAAGGUGGCGGCUUCCGGGACAGCUUAGCGGAUAUGUCAGAAGAGCUGUGCCCCAGCUCAGCCGACACCCCCGUACCUCUGCCCUUCUUUGUGCGCACGGCCAACCAGGGCAACGGCACCGGCGAGGCCCGGGACAUGUAUGUGCCCAACCCCUCCUGUCGAGAUUUUGCUAAAUAUGAGUGGAUCGGACAGCUGAUGGGGGCCGCCCUGCGGGGGAAGGAGUUUCUGGUCCUGGCCCUGCCUGGCUUCGUGUGGAAGCAGCUCUCCGGGGAGGAGGUGAGCUGGAGCAAGGACUUUCCAGCUGUGGACUCCGUACUGGUGAAGCUCCUCGAAGUGAUGGAGGGAAUGGACAAGGAGACAUUUGAGUUCAAGUUUGGAAAGGAGCUGACAUUCACCACUGUGCUGAGUGACCAGCAGGUGGUGGAGCUGGUGCCGGGGGGCGCAGGCAUCGUGGUGGGCUAUGAAGAUCGCUCUCGGUUCAUCCAGCUGGUGCAGAAGGCACGCCUGGAGGAAAGCAAGGAGCAGGUGGCAGCCAUGCAGGCAGGUCUGCUGAAGGUGGUGCCGCAGGCUGUGUUGGACUUGCUGACCUGGCAAGAGUUGGAGAAGAAGGUGUGCGGGGACCCCGAGGUCACUGUGGAUGCUCUGCGCAAGCUCACCCGGUUUGAGGACUUCGAACCCUCCGACACGCGGGUGCAGUAUUUCUGGGAAGCACUGAACAACUUCACCAACGAGGACCGAAGCCGCUUCCUGCGCUUUGUCACGGGCCGCAGCCGCCUCCCCGCAAGAAUCUACAUCUACCCGGACAAACUGGGCUAUGAGACCACAGACGCGCUGCCGGAGUCUUCCACCUGCUCCAGCACCCUCUUCCUGCCGCACUAUGUCAGUGCCAAGGUGUGUGAGGAGAAGCUGCGCUACGCCGCCUACAACUGUGUGGCCAUCGACACCGACAUGAGCCCCUGGGAAGAGUGAGGCGCUGCCAGGGGGCAGCCAUGGGCAGGCAGCACUGCGCCUGCUUGGUCCCGGCUGGCCUCACCCAGGACGAACACCCCGCCCUGCACCAGUGAGCGGCGGUGGCCCGGCAUGAGCAGACACCUUCAGAAAGCCCCUGGCGCCGCACUCCUCCAUGUGGUUGGAGUUGGCACCAUGGCGCAGCCCCGCAGACCCACAAGCCCUACUCGUACUGGGACUUGUUCCCCAAGGCGUUCAGCUGUCGCCAGAGGGACCUUCCAGACAAGCCCAGCACAGCUGCCAGGCCUGAGCUACUUGAACGGGGGUGCCCGGCCCCCCACCCUGUGCAUUUGGCUUCCAUUUUUGGUUCAGUCUUUUUCUCUCCUUUCUUCCUGGCUUCAGCCCUGACUCUAAACUUUGGGAGGCAAUGUCUGUCCCUCCAUGGCAAGGGGCCAGGGGUCAAUAGGGAGCAAUGGUCAUCCCCCUGAUGACCUGCUCAAGAGUAGAACAGCUGAGCAUCCCCUGUGUCACUACCAAGUUUUCCUCUUCUUCCAUAACCAAGGCGGGAGCUCUGCCCUGCCUCCAAACCCAGUCUCAUUGACAGCGUGCCACCACCUUCCUCACUCAAAAACCCACAUCCACUCAUCCUGACACCCAUCCCACCACCGGAUUCACCCCCACAUUACCUCCCCAUCUGCUGUGGUUUUGCACAGAUUAAGGCCAGUUAUGUCCUCCCUGAUACCAACAGCUUUCCUGUGCCCAACUCGAAGCCUAACUUUGCACCUAUUCCAGGGCUAUGCACGUCCCUGCCCCAGCCCUGCCCCUGUGGGCCUUUGAGACAUGCCUUCCGAAGAAGGUCUUGCACAUGACAAAGUUG